GGAGGGGGAACCUGCAGAGACCACGGCCCAAAACAACACCUUUACGGAGAGGUGUUUCCCUCUCUUCUCGUCAUCACCAGUUUACCAGCACCCACCAGACGCCUCACGUCGUCCCACCGCAUGCAAAAUAAUAAAGAACUUCGCGGGCGCUGCAGGAAUAAAGGAGUAAAAUAGUAAAAAAAGAACAGAGGACAAACGGAAAUUGCAUGAACAAACAUCUGCCUCCUCGAUAUCCAAGUAACAUCAACAAUGGUAUGCCAAUAGUAAGACAAAAAUGAGAAAAAACAGGAAUAACUUAAGCUAAUCGAGCCCACAUUUCUCAACAAGAUAAAUGAUAACCUAGGCUAGCCUAGUCCACAGCCAAAAGCUGCCCGGAACAACCAAGGCUAAACCUGCUCACAGUCCUCAAUUGCAGCAGGGAUAACCUAGGCUAACCAAGCACUCAUCGUUAACAAUAGCAAUGAUAACCUAAGCCGGUCAAGUCCAUAGUGAAAAGCAGCAAGGAUAACCAAGGCUAAACGAACUCAAGAGUCCUCAACAGCAAGAGAGAUAUAACCCUAGGAUAGCCAAGCGCAAAGUGUACUACGGUACAUAUUGCUUGUAUACGAGGUGUGUGUGUGUGUAGGCAUCCGCAAGUGACGCCUAGUACCUUGUGAUGGACGUAGUGGAGAACACCCUAGUUACCACCACACAUAUUGCAGGUGAGACCCACCUGGCACCUUGGGGCCUGGUAAACUACACAUCCAUAGUUACCAAGGCAAAGAGUUUUAUUUAUGAACCGGCACCCCUAUCGGUCCCUGUUAUAAGUGGAGGAGGCCAGGUUCUAAAUAUUGGGAUGGGGGCCAUGAACUACCCAUCAACAACACAAGCACUGUUUGCGUUGGUAGUCAUGAUCAUUGUUUUGCUCUUUAUUCUGGUAUACUGCUGUUGGGGAACUUUCUCCUGUGCUCGUCAAGAAGACUCUUCUGCUGCAGCUGAAGAUGGAGCAGUUGUAACACAACCACAUGGGACACAGAUUAUUAGAGGCACUCACAUGGUCAUAGUACCUAUUAAUAACAUGAUUUAUGUGGGUGAUCCUGAAUCCCGCCGCAUUUAUCAGAUUCCUAUUAGACAAGACAAACCACCUGCUUAUACAGAAGCUGUCAGCAGUGGUCCUCCACCACCCUAUGCAGCAGAUAAUUUAACUUGUGAUGAUAAUACAUUGCCUAAUAUUUCUCAUUCUGUGCCUGAAACAAGGCCUACACUUCCAGACCUCCCUCCUUCAUAUGAUGCCUGUUUAUCUUCCCCAUCGUCACACGUAUACCAGAAAGUGGUAAAUGCUCUUCUAGAACAGCAGAGAAAUCAAAAUCACACACCCACUUUAGAAUCUCAGUAUGCUCAUCCUAUUGGGCACCCUCAGUGUGAUGCUGGUAUCCAACAACCCUUUGAGCACUUGCCAUCCACUGCAAUGGUUAAUGGUCAAGACCGAAUAGAACCAGAGGCUCCUGCUGGUGAGCAGGAAAGUGUACUUCUGCCUAGUUUAAGAACAGUACCUAACCGAGUGACUCCUGAAAAUGCAACAGCAGUCAAGUGUGAUACAUCAACUUCAAAAGUACUAUCCAGCUGAGGUAAUCAGUAAUCAGUAUUGAUUUUUCUUCCAUAGCAUUAUGGGGAUUGUGAUUCAGAUAUAAGGUUUGUAUACUCAUAGUGGUUACUGUUUCUUUCAAAAUAUUAACACACAAUUUAUAUAAAAAAGCUACUCACUUGUACUACAAAAGCAAGUUCACGUGAACUAUAAUAUAAAUGUACCUAUCCAUCUGGUUAUCCAGUGUAAUGUUAGCACCUUAAUAUUUUGUAAAUACAGUAUUGAAUAGAACUCUACAAAAUUCUCAUCUUGAUUAGUAUCUCUUUAUUCAAAUGUAAGCUUUAAAUAUUAUAAAUUUAAAAUGUGAUAAAUACUUAAAUUAAUAUAUCCAUCCUUCAUAUUAGAAAAUUACAAAAUCACAUACUGUAUACCAAACCCUAAAAGAUGGAAUUAUCCUAAUUUUGUAUAGGGCAUAUAAUGUUCAUAUAACAUACCAAGAAUAUGCUGUAGCUGCAAAACUAAAAAAAAAAUAUCAUGAGUACUGUAUCUGUAUACAUCUGUGUACUGCACUGUGUUACUGACAUCAAAAGAAGAGAUGCUGCUGUCUGUGCAGAAACUCUUCUAUUCAUUACAGUGACUUGUAUGGAGAAACUUACUAUAAUACCAUUGUGCUUGACUGAAGGUGAAGACCCAAAAUAUGUGCAAGUAUAUUAAAAAACAAAUAUUUGCAGGUGAUUGUGUUUAUAAACGCUAACUCCUAGAAUCCUGUUCAGAACAAUGUAUACAGCACCUUGAGAAAGUGUGUAGGUUACAUCCAAAAAUUUGGUAUUUAAUACACACAUAUUUUGGAUCUUUACCUUCAUCUUCAUAAUUUGUAUGUUUUCUUGGCUCUUAAUGAAGUAAAGUAUGACUAUUUUUUAUGAACCAUGUGUAUAAUAUAAUAUAUCCUAUGCAUAUCCUAACUACCCUAUUAGUCCCGUGUGUCUAUUGCUGCCAGCAACAGCCUUACCAAUUAAGUUCUCAUCAGUAACCCUGGUUUAUGGCCAGGCUUGGAGAGUAGAACUCUCAAAACUGACUACAUGUAUAGUAUACAUGUACAGUGUAUAUUUCUACUACCAUGAUAACUGAAAUGUCAGCUCUGUGCUUCCAAAACAUUGUAGUGUGCUAAGUAAAUUUAAAAUACAUGGCAAUUUGCAUACCUAACAAAAAUUUAUAUAUAUUUCAUGAAAAAGGGUCUACCAAAAAUUUUAGCCAAAUAUUCCCAGUUUGCUAAUUAUACAUAGUAACUGCAGGUGAUUAUAACCUUUUCACCCUGUGCACUGGAUGAUGGGUAGUGUGCAUAAGCAAAUCAAACUAUGAAACAAGCUCAAUGCAAAUGAAAGUGGCUUUGCUUAAAGAUUGUACUUGUGGUCAUUCUUGAACCCAUUGUUGAUAUAUUCAUCAAACAGUAACUAGCUGAUCAAGACUAACUUACUUAGCUAAAUGAAUUUUAGGGUUAAGUUCCUGAGCCCAUUAUGUACCUCUGUGACCUUUUAUCACUGUCACCCACAGGAUGGGGUAUGGGAUGUACAAUAAAUGAACUAACUAAAAACUAACACUAUAAAUCUCUACUAUAAAUGUCUAAAAAUAAUUACAAUACCUAAUUAUUUUAAACUAGAUAAAUGGUAACACGUUACCUUCUGCUAUAUACUGUACAUUAAUAAUAAUACCGUGUAUAUAUACUUAGAUUUCAAACCCCAAUAUUAUACCAUAAAUAUUAGGUCUUUUAUCAAAGAUUUAAUUAAAAACUUACAUGACAUGUUCUGUACUAUUGGAAGUCUGUAAAAGAUCAAUCUAAAAGGAAUACUUUAUUACAAAUCACAAAUAUAUGUACAUACUUAUGUUGGUAAACUCCAGAUAAACAGGAGCACAAUGAAACAAAGAGGCAGUGAUACUAACAAUUACAUAUACGUGAAUGUGUGUGUGUCACAUUCACAAUCUAUAUUGCUGACAAUACAACACUGUAUAAUAUAAUUAGUCUAAAUGCCUUUCAGUAUAUGGGGCAUGAGUGGAACAGUACCAUCAAUAACACAGUAUGACCUUUCUUUUUAUGCAGAAACGUGUUUUAGAUUAUAGCCUAAAGACAAAUAAAUGACGGCUUCCAAAAAUGGAUGAGUAUUUAUAAUAUUGGUUAUGUUCUAAAUAAAGCAUUUAGGAUGGCUUAGUGAUUUAGAAGCUAUACAAGGUGUGUGUAUGUGGGUGCAUCCUACUCAUGCUACUGCAGUGACAGCGCUACUCUUAUAAACUCACAUCAAUGAGUACUCGUUCUUCAUUGUAUGUUGGAAGGUAUUGAAUAAUAAUGUAAACUUGUAACAGUAGUGUAUUAUUUAUGAAUAGCAAUUAUUGUAUGUAAAAGAAGUUUUAGACAACGAUCUAAAUGAAAGAAGAUCGUUUUCAAUUUGUGUAUUAUUUUGUUAAUAAAAAUAAAGAUCAAUUUACAUCAGUGA